AUGACCGAGAAGUUCGACCACCUGGAGGAGCACCUGGAGAAGUUCGUGGAGAACAUCCGGCAGCUCGGCAUCAUCGUCAGCGACUUCCAGCCCAGCAGCCAGGCCGGGCUCAACCAGAAGUUGAAUUUUAUUGUUACUGGCUUACAGGAUAUCGAUAAGUGCAGACAGCAACUUCAUGAUGUUACUGUCCCUUUAGAAGUUUUUGAAUACAUAGAUCAAGGUCGAAAUCCCCAACUCUAUACCAAAGAGUGCCUGGAGAGGGCUCUGGCUAAAAAUGAACAAGUUAAAGGCAAGAUGGACACAAUGAAGAAAUUUAAAAUCCGGUUGAUUCAAGAACUUUCUAAAGUAUUUUCUGAGGACAUGGCUAAGUACCGGAGCAUCCGGGGGGAAGACCAUCCUCCUUCCUAACUCCCUCCUCCAUCUGU